GCAUCUGCGGCCAAUGGCGCGCCGCUCCCGCAACCAACCUGCGGGGCCGGGUGACGUCAGGCGCGGCGGCGGCGGCGGCGGCGGCGAGGGCGAGAUCCCUCCUUGGGUCUGCAGAGGAGGCGGCGGCGGCGGCGGAGCGGGGCGCCCGCCUCCCUCGCCUCGCCUCUCCUCGCCCGCUUUGCCCGCCCGCCCGGGUCUCCUCAGCAUGGCCAAGCCCCACCGGACGCCGGCGCGCGCCUCCGAGCCCGUCAUCGAGGUCAAGAGCAAGUUUGAUGCUGAAUUCCGUCGUUUUGCCAUGAAACGCUCCGCUGUGGGAGGCUUCCAGGAAUUCUACCAGUUGAUCCAGAGGGUCCACCAAAUCCCUUGUGUGGAUGUCCUGCUUGGGUACACAGACAUCCAUGGUGACCUGCUACCCAUCAACAAUGAUGACAAUUACCACAAGGCACUGUCAUCAGCCAAUCCUCUGCUCCGGAUCAUCAUCCAGAAGCGGGAAGCUGACACCAGCGUCUUUGCCUCAAAUUCCCUGCAGCGCAAGAAAAAGGGGCUUCUCCGCCCAGUGCACCAGCGGGCCAAGCCCCACUUGUUGAUUGGAAUGCCCCAGGACUUCCGCCAGAUCUCCUCCAUCAUUGAUGUGGACAUUCUGCCGGAGACCCAUCGGCGCGUGAGGCUACACAAGCACGGGUCAAAUAAACCAUUGGGCUUCUACAUCCGGGAUGGGGUCAGCGUGCGAGUGGCCCCCCAUGGGGUCGAGAAGGUGCCCGGCAUCUUCAUCUCCCGCUUGGUCAAAGGGGGUCUAGCAGAAAGCACUGGGCUUCUAGCUGUGAAUGAUGAGAUCCUUGAGGUCAACGGCAUUGAUGUGGCAGGCAAGUCACUGGACCAGGUCACGGACAUGAUGGUAGCCAACAGCCAUAAUCUCAUUAUCACUGUUAAGCCAGCCAACCAGCGCAACAACGUAAUCCGCAGCAGUAAAGCUUCUGGCAGUUCUGGAGUAUCCACGGACAGCACCCCCAGCCAGCAGACCCCCAGCCCAGCUUCCCAGUAUCUGAGCAACUGCAGCACUGCAGAGGGGGAGAGCGAUGAAGAUGGCGACCUGGUGAUUGAGAGCGAUUUGCCUGCCAGUUGCCCCAAUGGUGGUCUCCUUGAGAGCCUGCAGCACAGCCUGUCUCUGUAUAGCUCUCAGGGAUCGUUGCCCUCACUGAACAGUCACAGCGGCAGUGGCAGUCCCAUUCGGGGCAGCCGAGCGGGAAGUCUCCGGGAGGAUGGCACAGUCUUCACGCUAUAGCCCUGGGUGACAUCUCCCCGCUUGUAUUUGAAACCACAUCACCAAGGUCAGUGUGGCAGUGGCUUCCUUCCUGGACAGGCAGGGAGCUGGAAUCUGAAGCCCCUCUGGAACCUGAGAUACUACACAGAUGUGCUGACACAGACCCUCCUUUGGCUCACUGCCUGCCACGUCCAGUGGUGCUGCUCUCUGUAGCCCCUGUAGCAAGAAUGGCAGGUGGGUUGGGAGCAGUAGGGGCUGGCCCACAUUCCCUGAAACCAUUAUCACCUGAAAAAGGCCACUUUUUGUUGAUCCAAAACAGUGGGCAUUUUAUUACAUUUGCUGUCUCCACUCUUCUGUGCCCGGUCUGUAUUUCAGGCAAAGUGGGGUUGUGCCCUCCUCACAGCCUGCGGUCUCUGCCUCCACCCACUCUCAGCUCUCAUUAAAGUGUUUUGUUUUUAGUUGUUUUUAUGAAAACAUGCAUCCCAGAUUAAUAUAUUACAACAGACUAUUAAAUAUGGUGUGUGUUUUUUUAAAGAA